UGACCUUUGACGUCUUCUGUGAUAACCUCUGAACAAAGUGUAAACAACACUGAAUGAACUGCCUUCUACUGGUGAAACAAGUUAAUACAGCCUUUCAAUCUAUAAUAUUUAUAAUAAUUGAGUAACAUGGAUACCUAUAGCAUGUCAUUGGUUUUGGCCAUAGGAACUGUCAUCAUUAGCAUUUACUGUUCUAUAAAAAUAGCUGCAUAUAUUUACAGAUUCCGCAAGAAGUCAGCCAUAUUGAAAGAGUUUCCUUCUGAUCCACCCCACUGGUUUUGGGGUCAUUUACUUUAUUUUCCUGCUCCUGAUGAAGCUUGUUUGAAGACUAAGCGUGAUAGAACUGCCAGAUAUAAUGAUUUUUGUCUAGGAUGGUUUGGACCUAUAUUAGCAGAUAUAAGCGUUACAUCACCAGAAAGCGUGAAGCCAAUUCUUAAAACAUCCAUGCCAAAGGGAAAACUUUACCGCUUGCUCCAACCUUGGUUAGGAGAUGGUCUUUUGCUUAGCACAGGAGAGAAAUGGGCUAGAAAUCGCCGGCUACUGACUCCAGCAUUUCAUUUUGAAAUCCUAAAACCUUACUUAAUUAUUAAAAAUAAGGCAGCUGAUACCUGUUGUUCAAAAAUCAAUCAAUUUGCAGAAAAGGAUAAAUACUUUGAAGUGUUUUCUUUACUUACAAUGUUUACGUUAGAUGUUAUCCUAAAAUGUGCUUUCUCCUACAAUACAAACUGUCAGGAAAUUGGAACUGGUCAUCCAUAUGUCCAAGCUGUACAUGAACUAAGUCGAAUUCUUACUCUCAGAUUUAUGAAGCCUUGGCUUCACUUUGACUGGGUCUUUAAUCUUACAAAGUUGGGAAAAGAUUUUAAAAAACACUGUGAUUAUGUCCAUAACGUUGCUGAGGAAAUUAUUUCUAAGAGGCGUGAAGUUAUUCAGAAAGAAGAGCCAGAAGCAGAGUCCAAAAGAAAGCGGUACACUGAUUUCCUUGACAUACUGUUAAUGGCAAGAGAUGAAAAUGGUGUGGGUUUAACUGACGAAGAAAUCAGAGCAGAAGUAGACACGUUUUUGUUUGAAGGACAUGACACUACUGGCAGUGCUUUAUCCUGGACACUCUUUUCUUUGGCGCAACAUCCAAAAAUACAGAGUCAGGUCCAGCGAGAAAUAGAUGAACUAUUGUCUGGAAGAAUGACUGAUGACCUUAUGGCAGUAGACCUCAAUCAAUUACCCUAUCUCACCAUGUGCAUAAAAGAAUCCCUUCGUCUUCACAGCAUCAUUUCCUUCAUAAUACGACAUACAGAUCAGGAUAUCAAGGUCCUGAACAAAACUAUUCCAAACGACACCAUGACCACCAUUUUGAUUUAUGGAAUUCAUCACAAUCCAACUCUCUGGGAAGAUUCCUUGGAAUUUCAACCAGAGAGAUUCAGUCCAGAAAACAUUGACAAAAUCAACCCAUUUGCUUACAUACCUUUUUCAGCUGGCCCAAGAAACUGUAUUGGACAGAAUUUUGCCAUGCAUGAAAUCAAAGUUUUGUUGGUGAAAAUACUGAACAGAUUUCAUUUUAAACUUGAUCCAAACCAUGAUGUGAGAAAAAUUGAAGGACUUGUUAUGAAGGCUGAACAUGGUAUAAAAAUGAAAGCUAUACAAAGGAUUCCAGGACAAUACAUAAAUGUAUUUGAUUAGCAGAAUACAAAUGUUAAUUGGAUUUUUAAUUAACACAUUUAGUAGAUCUAUUAAAUAAAUAAAAUUAUUAAUUUCAAGU